GCUUGCAGCCUCGCAUGGCCGGCUGGAUAUUCCUUCCAACUGACGUGGCUUAUGGCAUGGCUGAGCUUUUCCAGAGUUAAUAGACCCGCGGCUAAGCCGCAAUGAUUCUUGCAUUUUUCUGGGCGCUACUGGCAGAACUGUCAUUAGGUGAGCCCAACACCUGGGUCCUUUGGACCGACCUGGACGGCGCGGACUUUUUUUGGACCUCCAGCAACUGUUCCACCACCGUGGUCCCAGACUCGGGCAUCGUGGGGAACACUCCCGCUGUAGCUCCCAGCAAUGGUGGCAUCAGCGAUAUGAUCUUUUUUCCCGACACGCACGAAGUUCUAUGGCUGGAGGCCGGUUAUUUGAUGCGUUCCUGGAUGGACAAGACGGAGCGAAGGCUCUUGUGUCAGCUCCCGGGGGAUGCGAAUGCCACGGAGCUGGAGAAUGGCAAUGGCACUGGCGCAGCGUUGGGUCUGCAUGGUGAAGAAGGGGCUCUCGCCUGGACGUUUUGGACGUCCAAUGAACUCACAGCGGUGAUGUUUUUCGCUUCCAAGAUGACCAAGAAGUUGUGGGUCGCCACUCUCACAUCCAUCCCGCCCAGAGACGCUUCCCACGUGGGUACUUGGAUCGAAGUGAUUGGGGCCAGUGUCACAACAAGCGGAGCGGGAGCGAAACCUGUCCUCUUGGCCCGGGAGGGCAUCGUUUAUUGGACGGACGCCGACGCCGGCGGCAGCUUCCGGUCCCUGGACGUUCCUUCAGCCCUGGCGGGGGCGACAGCGACGACGCUGGCGCAGCUGGGGGAGGGCGCCUGGGGGGAGGUGCAUGUGGCAGAGUUGACCAACGACGGGCGAUUUUUGUGGAUUCGACAACCAGCAGCUGAGACCCAGCUUCGUUUGGAAUUGAUUCUGUCACUGGAUGCGCUGCAAGAGGGUCCCACCAGCAAUUAUGCCACUGGCAACGUCAGGACUCUGUACAGCUUCCUGGACGGCGACCAACCCUCUGGUUUAGCAGUGCAGCCAGCCCCAGGCCCAGGGCUGCCAUAUCGAGGCAACAUCACGCAACUGUAUCAGCAAGUAUACUGGUCCGUCAGCGGUCCGGACACGCAAGCGAGGAUUGAUCACCUGAACAUGGACACGGGGCAAGUCUCCACCCUGACCUACGCCUUGGGCUUAGAACGUCGCGGGGCCGCGCCGGUGAGACCAAGCGCUUUGAGCGUCUAUCCCAUGCCCGGGGUCUGUGUCAAUGUCGGCUGUCUCUACCUCCGCAUUUGGGAAGAGUGCCGGAUAUGCACCGUGGAUCAGUGUGACACAUGCUUCCUCGAUACCCAGGACUGGGUGGUGAAACAGUGGUAUGCCUCUCACGGCCUCUUCUCCAACUGCAUUUGGCUCUGGCCUCCGCAACAGGGUGCAUGGUUCGUGCGUAACGAAGUGCAACAAGCCAAAGACGAAGGACUUCUGCCAGAUGAUUUCGUGGCGCAGGAGCUGCCUCCCGAUGGAGCAACGCCAGUUGGAGAAGCUGUUGCCACAGUUCCUCCAACCAGAACCGCCACCACGGCAACCAUCACGUCGACCGUGUCGAGCACCAGCUUCACACAGACGUCGACAACGAGCACGUCGCUGACACUGUCAAGUACCAAUCCUUGUGUGGCCAUAGAGGUACCGGAUGAAGGAGUGCUUUCAGACCAGAGCUGUAGCAGCAUGCUGGACGCCUGGUGUCAGGACUCCGAGAAUCGCAACAUCAAUCGCUCCACGCUGGCACCGCAAUCCUUGAGACGGGACUGUGCGACAUAUCCCUGGAGCUUCAAGGAGCUCUGCGAGGCCCGCAAGCUGAAUUCCGAAGCCACUCAGAGCGACAGCUGUGGCGUUCCGCUGUGGAGCUACGUCCUCUUCGCAGCAGGUCUGGCCCUGAUGUUGGCCGUCCUGGUGCCCUUGUGUUGCUACGCCAUCAUGAGGCGAGCCCAGCCUUCGCGUGGACAUCGUGGCACUGGGACCAUCAGUGGCCUGCGCCAUGCAGCGCGCGAGGCCGACGUUGGAAAAACAGGCCCUUUUGAAGACUCGCAGAGUCAUUGGUGCUGCAGACACUGGACACGAUAUCUAAGGAAGCGAUCGGAGCGAUCCAGUAAGUCCACAGAAAGCAAAGUGAACGACGAUGAGAGGCGAAAGAGCUGGGAGACCAUUGGCCUUUGCGACGUUGAUGCGGUCAGAUCCAGCAGAUCUGCCGCAUCCAACGAGCUUGAGACCGAGCCGACCGAACCGGAGACAACGAUGAGCAUUGGCAGUCCUCGGCGCGCAGAUGAGUCAGUGUCCAGCUCGACUGGGGAUCUUCAGCAAAUCCUCAAGGGCACCUGGCAGCCUGGCAUCAGCCUGUCCAGUGCUGCGUUGGCCGCCGGGCGCUUGACCAACGCCAUGCAGAAGUUCAUGUCCUCCACACGCCAGGGCGACAAAUGGCGACUACUGCACGAUGUGGAAGACAUCCUACGAACCCUCGGCAGUGCCCUCCCCGGCAAUUUGCGCAGCACUGCAUGGGCAUGGCACGCGCGCCAGAGUGGUCGGCUUCACCGUAGCGAAGCCUUGCAUGCAGCGGAAGAGGAGGCCAAGUCAAUUGCUGAAGACUUUCGAGAGGACUUAUCUUCACGGCUGCAAAGCGGCGUGCGACUCUUAGAGGUCGCAGCCCUGACAGGAGCUGAAAGUCUCCACUCGGGGCGAAGUGCUUCGCCCUUGUCACCUGCAGUGGCAGCCCGUCUGCAGAAGGCCUCCAAGCUCCAGAUCUCCCUAGAUCAGCUGAAGACGAGGAUGGAGGAGCUUGGAUCGAGCAAGAACUUGAUCAGGGCAGGGCAUUUGCUGGAUGGCUAUGAAAGCCUCAUGAGACUCUCAGAGGCGCCGGCACGGGAGGAAGCAGGCGCUGAGGAUUCCGAUUCGGAGAUGGAUCAGCUGGCCAAGGAGAUGAAGCAGUUGCAACAGGCUCUGGAAGAAGAACUGGAAGGAAGUGGCCUUCCUCCAGGUGCCUGGCAAAAAAUCACCGUCGAUCCUGACAGGUUCACGAAGCAGAACCGGCCGAGACAGGAUCCACAGGCGAGCAAAGGCUCUGCCUGGCUCAAAUCCUUGAGGGAGGCGACUGCCAGGGCUGCGCGCUUUGGGCAUGCCUUAAAGGGAUCGCAGGGCAAAGAGCGGCUGUCAGAGAUGGAAAAGACUCUGAUGGAGGAACUGAAGACCUGCGAGGCUGCAGCCAAAGCAGGAGAUUCCGAGCAAAGCACGAGUUGGAAGCAGUUGCAAAAAGUGUGGACGCAGCUGCAAGACCAGUUGGACCAGGUGCGGAAGCUUCAGAAAUUGCCAGGAGAUGGUGCAGAGGGAGGACGUCUAUCCAGUUGGGCCAUGAGCCGGUCGAAGUUGAUGCCAAAGCGCAGUCACACGCAACCCCUGCAGAUGAAGGACCUGAGUCCAGAGCUGUCCGUCUCUGCUGCAGAGCUGCAAGUGCUUCAAGAAGAGGUGGAGAUGUUCCGCAAGAAGUUGAGAGGAGGUGCUGCAGAGGAUGGAAAUCGGCUGCUGAUGGCUGGGCGGCGGCAUUUGCAGCAACAGGACGUCGAGAAGUUGCUCCGCACUGCAAAGGCAGGAGCAAGUCAUUCAGCCGCCUUGGUGGAUGACGACGCCCUAGCAGCUGGGCAAGACGUUUCCACUCAGUGGCAACAGCUGCGGUCAGAGUUGGAGGGCACCUUUUCGCUGUGGCACUUCUGUGGUGUGGAGACGGACCCAUAUUUAGACGAGAUUGCUGGAAGCAAGAAGCUUCCCGUCGAUUGUGAAGGUUUCAACAGCAGGACCGUGACCGGUCCUCAUGGCCAUCGUUUUCCCAACAGUGUUCGCGUCAUGCGGUCCGGAGCUGCGCUGCAGAUGCCGACGGACUCUGAAUUUAGCACGGAUAGCAAAUGGCAAGAGCUUGGAGGAAGUGAACAAGCAGUUUGGUACCUUCAGCUACUUGAUGAAACUCGACCAUCCGUUGCCUUGCUGCAAUCGCACGGCUGUGGUGAUGCUGAAAGAGCUCGGGCCACAGAGACUUUCUCCAAGCACUUGGGAGAGGCAUAUGGCACCGGCACAGAGAACGCGAAUCUUUCGCGAAGAUUGCAUUUAAUUAUGACCUUUGGUGCUGGCGAGACGCAAGCAGAACUUGCAGCAGACUUGCAAGCUGAAUUGGCUCUGGAGCCGCAGCGCCCUGGUACGUCAGGUCGUUUGUCCCUGGGGAUCGGCUCGAGACUGUCACCCAAACGGGGUCAGCAGGCAUCCACAUCCUCCACAUCCAAAAGCAGCGGGUCACUGCCGCUUGAUUUGCUGGAAGCCUCCAGUGCUUUCUUGCGACAUUCUGAAGAGCUGGCCCGAAUCAGGUCACAGCAAAGCGAAGAUGAUGGAAGCAAUCCAAUGCUUACAUUGGGACAGUCGAUCUACACUCAGCAGGCGAUUGAAAGCAUGGAGCUGGAAGUUGCCAAAGCCGUGCAAGACGCAGAAGCACGAGGAAUUGAAAGCCAAAUUUCCCGUAAGUUUUUCACGCUCUUAUGCCCCCAGCCAUUUUUCAAGCUUUCGAAGGUGACAGUGAGAUCCUCCGCAGCUCUAACUGCUCCCGGCCCGGGACAGCGAGCGAAUCGCGCCGUUUUCUCGCCGCGCCGAUGGCGAAGCAAAAGCAGCUUCUACUCCCCGAGAUGGGCCAUAUGGAUGAGGGGCCGCAGCUACCUACGAAAACGCCAGCAGCUGCUCGAAAAGGAGGCAGCUGCGAAGCCGGUGGAAGGCGACCGCAAGACCAAACUGCAGGAGCGGCGUCCCGGCUUCCGAGCAGAACCUCUGACCCUCCAACCGGGGUUGAAAUUCUACUCGCCUCCUGUGGAGCAAAUUCCAGAUGUCCCAGAUCCGGAAAGCCGACGUCAUCGAGCUGAAAAGACAAGCAAGGAGAACUGGCCCUCGGAGUCAGCGUGCAGCACCUCCACCUCAGCUUCUCCUGGAGCACAGAACCCCCAGAGCAGCUGA